UCUACUCAAUAAUGCAGUGCCUCUAGCGGCAGACUCGUGUUAUUACAGUCUUUCCAAUGGACAGACUAUCACCGUAGUAACGUUAUAAUUGACUUUCAGAGCCUUUCCUAGCCCAUCUAUCAGGAUAGAGCACAAGGUUGAAUAAAAUCGUAUUUACAUGUUCUUUGUUCAGUUUUUUUUGUUUUUUAUAUCGGAAACAACAUUAAAUAGUAAAAACCUGUUAAAGUGUUUUUAACAGCUUUAUAUGUUAAACAUUGCGCACAUAGUUUCAUAAACACACUGCUGACGUUUUUCAAUAACUUAGUUUUACGACAUUGACCUAACGGCCUUUCUCAGAGAAAGUAUGGUCGAGAUUCAAAGCGAGAAACGGAAACAUUAAUACUGAUGUACUAGCGGAGUUUUUUUUCUAAAAGGAAGCUCCGUCAUUUUCAGUGGUUCCGCCCAGAGCUGUCCUGUGUGUGUAGCGGCACCAAGUGUGUAGAGGCCCGGUGAGAGAGUUUGGACUCAGUGAUGUUCAGCACGAUGCCAUGCGCCUGUGUGAUUCUCCUCUUCCUCCUCGGAAUGCACCUGUGUUCCAGCCAGUCUCCUGAGCAGCAUGUGAAGGGCACUCUGGGACAGAACUUCCUCUUCCAGACCAGUGUAUCAGGAUCUGGAAAUCUCAUCAGAGGGGUCAGCACUCUUGCAAAGGUGACUGGUGGGGUGUUAGUCUUUUCUGAUAAUUCAGGGCGAGUGAGCUGGGACAAGCAGACGGGAUUCUUUCAGAUCAAGGACCUGAAAACAAGCGACGGUGACAUUUAUACAGUGGAGAUUCCUAAUGGACAGAGUGCAAAAUAUAUCCUCGUGGUGUACCAUCCUGUCUCUCUUCCUCAAGUGAGAGUCAUUAGUCGUGGUGGGACCUGCUUUCUGGAGUGUUCUGUGAAGAACGGGAGAGAGGUGACCCUGUUGUUGAAGAGCAGUGGAAAGACACUGAUCCACACCGUUGACCCUGACCUCAACACCCGCCUGAUUCUCCAUCGAGUGACAGAAGGACUCUCUCACUCCUACAGCUGUGUGGCCUCUAACCCAGUCAGCAAUGAGUCAGUCCCAGUCCAGCCUGAUCAGUUCUGUGGAGGUGAGUCUGUUUCCAGUCCAAGCACACUGACCCUGAGUUUCCACUGCUUGCACUACACCUGCUCAAUAGGCAGACUGGGUGAAGUUAGAGUACAAAUCCCAGACAGCUCAAAAAGUCCUGUUAACAAUUACUGUUUAUUGUUAGUCUAUUAUUAGAUUUAGGACAGUCACACAGA